AUGCGAAAGAAUCAUCGCUUCUCCAAGUCUAACCGCUUCCCUUCCAACUCCAAGUUGCAGCCUAAUAACCCAAAUCUUGCCAUUCCCACCCACAGCACCAGGCCUGGCCUGAUUGACGAGAGUCUCAUCGGAGGAUCCCAGCAGCCACAACAAUUCCGCAUGCUCUCUCAGCAGUCUACCCACGAUCCAAUGCCUCAUACCUACGAUGAUGAGGAAGAUGAGUUUGAUGCUUUCGAUCUCGAGCUACUAGCCCAAACCGAAGCUCCAGCAAUGACGAUGCCUCGAGGGAACUCAGGGUUUCCAGUAUCUACGCCUCUUCAGGGAUCGUGCCAGUCUAAUACUGGGCACGACAAUGCUCCCCAGCAUAUUUCGAGAUUCUUUCAUCCAAGUUCUAGCACCACCCCUCUUCGAGGCCAAGGGUCCAGAUCGUCGGAAAUAGGAUCAAUGACUCCAUCGAGUCCGUUGAUGCGGAAGGCAGGUCCGCUGGAACAGGGCUAUCUUGAGACUGCCCGCAAGUACUAUCAACCUGACACCAUGCAGUCAUUUCCCCAGCCUUUUUCGUCCCAUCAAAGCUCAGAGGCUGCAACACGCCCCAAAGUCCCUUUCCUCAAUAUCCCACCCUCUAUUCGAGGGAUUCUUCUUGUCUCCGUGAACGACCUGCCCGAAUCACACAGAUCGCUCUUUAGAUUCCCGCUAUUCAACGCAAUCCAAUCUAAAUGCUUCCAUGCCGUCUACAACACCAGUGACAACCUUGUUCUCUCCGCUCCAACGGGUAGCGGCAAGACGGUUGUUAUGGAACUGGCUAUCUGCAGACUUCUCAACACCCUGAAAGACGAGCGAUUCAAGGUUGUCUACCAGGCGCCUACGAAAGCGCUCUGCGCAGAACGCUUCCGAGAUUGGAACCAAAAGCUAUCCGCCCUGGACGUGAAAUGUGCAGAGUGCACCGGCGACACAGACUACACGCAGCUCCGCAGCGUGCAGAACAGCCAGGUCAUCAUCACAACGCCCGAGAAAUGGGACAGCAUGACCCGCAAAUGGAAAGACCACAUACGUCUCAUGCAGCUCAUUAAACUGUUCCUCAUUGACGAAGUGCAUAUCCUCAAGGAAACUCGCGGUGCAACCCUCGAAGCGGUCGUCUCGCGCAUGAAGACUAUCGGAUCGAAUGUGCGCUUCGUGGCUCUCAGCGCUACGGUCCCUAAUUCAGACGACGUCGCGACAUGGCUUGGCAAGGACGCCACGAAUCAGCAUGUGCCUGCGCACAGAGAGCAUUUCGGAGAGGAGUUUCGGCCGGUCAAGUUACAGAAGUUCGUUUAUGGAUAUCAGUCGACCGCAAAUGAUUUUGCUUUUGAUAAGAUCUGUGCUUCUAAACUUCCUGAGGUUCUUGGGAUGCACUCUUCUCAGAAACCUAUCAUGAUCUUUUGCUGCACCAGGAACUCGACUGUUGCCACUGCCAAAGAACUGGUUUCGCUGUGGACGAGGACCAACCCGCCCGCUAGACUUUGGAAGGGGCCAAGCAAGCCCACCAUUACCGCGGGAGUGGCCUUCCACCACGCCGGACUUGGUCCCGCAGACCGCCAUACCGUCGAGAAGGGCUUUCUGGGAGGCGACAUCAACGUUAUCUGCUGUACAUCGACACUCGCAGUUGGAGUUAACCUGCCCUGCCACUUGGUGAUCAUCAAAAACACCGUUGGCUGGCAAGAGGGCGGUUGCAAAGAAUACUCCGAUCUCGAGAUGAUGCAGAUGCUCGGUCGAGCAGGCCGGCCCCAGUUCGACGAUAGUGCCACGGCAGUGAUACUAACCCGCAAGGAGCGAGUGGCUCACUACGAGAAACUGGUCUCUGGAUCUGAGAGCCUGGAAAGCUGCUUGCAUCUCAACCUGAUUGAGCACCUGAACGCAGAAAUCGGACUGGGGAACGUCUCUGACGUGGACUCGGCGGCCAAAUGGCUUGCGGGCACGUUUUUGUUUAUUCGCCUGCGCCGAAAUCCUACGCAUUACAAGCUCAAGGAGGAUGCGAACCAGGAUGAUGAGGAUGAGAUGCUUCAGCGGAUCUGUGAGAAGGAUAUCAAGCUUCUUCAGGAGAAUGGGCUGGUGGAGUCCGAUGCUCUUCGAUCAACCCAGUUCGGGGAAGCAAUGGCGCGGUACUACAUCCGAUUUGAGACUAUGAAGACGCUUCUGUCAUUGAAGCCACAGGCAACCAUUUCCCAGACCCUUACCGCAAUCUCCCAAGCCGAGGAAUUUCGCGAACUCAGACUAAAAGCAGGCGAAAAGUCUCUAUACAGAGAGAUCAACAAUGACCCCGGCAUCCGGUACCCGAUCAAAGUCGACAUCGCCCUGCCAUGCCACAAGAUCACACUUCUCCUCCAAUCCGAGCUGGGAGCGACUGAGUUUCCGGACACUGACCAGCUCCAAAAGCACAAGUUCCCCUUCCAGCAGGACAAGAACCAGGUCUUUGCGCAUGUCAACAGAUUGAUCCGAUGCGUAAUCGACUGCCAUAUUGCGCGGGGCGACUCAGUCGCCAUUCAAAAUGCCUUGUCCCUAGCACGCAGCUUCGGCGCGAAGGUGUGGGAUCACUCGCCGCUUCAGAUGAAGCAGAUCGAGCAGGUGGGCGUUGUUACUGUGCGCAGACUGGCUACUGCAGGGAUUACGAGUAUCGAGGCACUGGAGUCGACAGAGGCAAAUCGCAUCGAGAUGAUUCUCAGUAAGAACCCCCCCCUUUGGGAGCAAGCUCCUCGGACGACUCAAGGAGUUUCCGAAGUUGAGGGUUUCUGUGAAGAUUAUGGACAAGGUUUGAUAUCAUCGGAAACGAAGAUUGGCGCCGUCAAAAUCCGCUUCAAAGUGGACAUGGCAUUUAUGAACGACAAGGUCCCGGUCUUCUUUCAGCGUCGGCCUGUUUAUGUCUGCUCCUUGGCUGAGACUUCAGAUGGACGGAUGAUUGACUUCAGACGGAUCAGUGCGAGUAAGCUCCAGGAAGGACUUCAAACGCUGCUCUCUGCGGAAUUGAAGAGCCCAGAUCAGUUCAUUGUUUGUCACGUCAUGUGUGAUGAUAUCGCGGGGACCUGGAGACAGGCUGAGAUCAGACCUGACGUGCCUUCACAUUUCUUUCCGUAUAAACGCGAUGAGAACGCCAGGGGACCGGGAAAAGACAUCUCGCGACACAAUUCCCACAACAGGGAUGUAUCUAUACGAAGUAAUCGAGUAAAAGAUGACUUCGAGGGCGACGACCUGGAACUCGACGACUUCCUUGCUGCAAGUCAGAGCCCUGAGAAAGCGAAGAAGCUCAUUGAGCCGUCAAGCUGUCAGCGGGACAGUGCAGACUGGAUGUUCAUCGACAAUACUCCCACUCCCAGCCCGCCGCACCCAGCACGCAAAUCCCACGGAUGGACCGCCAUAAAUGACAACUGGCCGACAAACACAAACAUGGGUUCUGUCCAGCUAGAUGACGAGGAAAACGAAAACGAGCCGAUCCGACUUCCCACUGGGCGCUGCAAGCACUUCUGUUGCCGAGAUGGCCUGGAGAAACCGCCCAAACGCAGUAGGAAGCAGGCUGCUAUUCCGAAUCAGAAGAGUGCCGGUCUCAGUCAAUUGACUUUGUCGGCGAGUAUGAGCAAGAAAGACUCGACUAGCAGGUUGAGGGAGCAGGAACAAGAUGCGGAAAAUGCCUUGCUUGGGAGAAAGUCUGAGAAGAAAAGGAUGAGUGGAUUGCCAGCCUCUUCGGAGUGUGGUGGUAUUAACAUCAACCAUCGGCCGGAAACUAUGUCGAGUGACUAUGACGAUGACAUUUUUUUCGACGACUUGCCCUCUCGGUCCUUGCUGAUGGGGAAAGUGGGAUCAAGUGUGGUGAAGCCGAACGCUAAUGCUCAAGAACGGAACGAAACAACUGGAUCGGCAGUGGGAACUUGGGAAAUGGGAGAAGUACGCAGCACUGCCAAGGCCACUGCUCCCCAAGUCGGAAUAGCCGUGCCCAAAUCUCCUGCCAAGCCACAGGACGAUCUGGAUUUCUUCGAUGUGUGGGAUGAUCUGACAUCCGAACCGGAGACCUUCAAGGAUCCCAAAGAGCCUGAGGCUUCGAAAGACGUUGUGGCGCUGAACCCGUCCGAGGCAAACGGAUCGCGCAAACCUAAGCGAAAGGCUAGCAAGAUGGAUGUUGUGGAAGGGCAGUUGUUUCAGCAUGAGAAACGGGUCAAGCCUGCUUCUUCGAUGGACGCCACAACUCCUGAGGAAUCGACGCAGGUCGAGCGCAAGGCGAUGAAGGUCUCUGCUGAGUGGGACGAUAUCGAUCCUCUGCUGCUGGAUGAGUUUAAGGAUAUUGUUAACUUCUUCUAA